CCAGGGGGUCAGGCCUGCCCAUCCAGGAAUUUGGCCCUCCCAGGAGAAAUCAGCAUUGAUGCCAUUUUAACGAUGGGUUUACGUGGGCUCAAACCCUAGGCCUGAAGACGUGAAAGGGUCCACGAGGCUCAGUGAAAAAAAUUAAACAAAAUUCACAGGGAGGAAAAAAAAACUCCUGCCUUGUUUGUACGUUUUUUUGUCCAUUUUUGGCAUCUGGAUUUAGAGCGAAAUUACAUAUCUGUCCUUAUGUUUAGUAUCUCUGCUCCGAAACAGAAACUGUCCAGCAGCUGUUUGUCAGUGUGUGAUUCUAGGGCGGGGAGUUUGAAAGCAAAUGGCUGAGGUUAGUAUGCCGGGGCUAACAAUCAUAACAAGUUAAAGUAAAACAACUUGACUUAACAUGUCAUUGGAAAGUGACAUUGUUAGAAUCCUGGACUUUAUUGCUCUGAUCAAGGACUUUGCCACAUGUAAAACCAGGAGGAAGACAUUUUAAAGGGAUGCAGGCUUCACUUGCCAGUGUUGUUUUUGGACAUGGUUGGUGGAUGGUGUUUAUGCUGACCCACCCAUAAAAACCAAAUGCCCAGCCAGUUACUUUCCUCUGGCGCCAGGACUGCUCCACUAGUCCACCAUAUUUACAGACUUUUCCUGCCUGCUUCCCAGCCAGCUAACCUGCAGCAUGCUAACCACCAGCAUGAUAGCCUUCAGCCUGCACCUCAGCCUGCGUCUUGACCUGCACUCCAGCCUGCUAGCCUUCAGCCUGCACUCCAGCCAGCUAGCUUUCAGCCUGCACUCCAGUCUGCUAGCCUUCAGCCUGCACUCCAGUCUGCUAGCCUUCAGCCUGCACCCCAGACUGCUCACAACCAGCCUGCACUCCAGUCGAUUGGGCUUAGUUUUGUGAGCCUGCAGCCUGCCUGUCCUGAGCCGACGUCAAGCCUGUUCUAGAACCAUUGGCCGUCCCCGUCAACGUCCAGCCUGUUCUCAAGCCAUCGGCUACCCCUGCCAAUGACCUGCCAGACCUCCAGCCAUCAGCCACACCUGUCAACACCCUGCCAGAGUCCCAGUUGGCCGCCCCCGCUGAAGCAGAGCCAGACCUCCAGUCGGCAGUCCCUGCCAACACCCAGCCAGACUUCCCAGAUAAUCGGUCAACCGUCCUUGCUGUUGCCCAACUAGACCACCAGCUGUCCACCCCCUGUUCUGCACUCCACUGGUCUGCCUGCUCCAACCCUCAACUAUCAAUUAUUGCUAAUGCUGGUCCUGCACUUCAGCCACUGGACUUUAGUCCUGCACUCCAGUCACCAGUCUCCAGUCCUGUACUCCAAAUGUCGGAUGCUUAUCCAGCAGCCUGCCGUGACCUGCAGCCGAAUCUUCUGGUACCACCUGCCUUUCCUGACCUCCAGCCUUGUCACCGACCUCCUGAGUAGCCCAGUCUUCGUUGCCGACCUCCAUAGCAGUCCAGCCUAUGUUGUCGACUUCCAGAGCAGUCCUGCCUACGUCGCCGGCCUCCAGGUCAUCCUCCAGAGCAGCUCCACAUGUCUGGUCAUUCUUAUGCUCAUCCUCCAGAGUGGCUCCACCUGUCUAGUGUUCCUCCUGCCUGUCCUCCACAGCUGCUCUGCCUAUGUCGCCAGCAUCCAAGCCGUCGUCCAGAGCUACAGCAUGGCAGAGCUGUUCUGCCCUUCAUUCCUGCCUCAUGGUUGUCCUCCAGACUUGUCCUUUUGGUCCUGCAUCCUGGUCACCCUCCAGAUCUGUUACGUCUAUUGGCCCUGCCCCCAGGCCAUCCGCCUGAGGUUUCCUGCUCUGCUCCUGUCCAAAUGGCCCAGAUCCUUUGUUCCCUUGUCAGAUCAUUGUAGUUAUCAUGUUGCCUUUUGUCAGUGCUUUUGAGCUUCUGUUUUCUGUAUCCUGGACCUGCCAACCGUGCCUGUGAGCUAUUGUCUUCUCUUUGGACAAUAAACUCACUGAACUUC